ACUGGUAGAUCAGCGCUAGUAAUGUAGCACCAGUCCCGUAAUCUCGAUAGAAGAGAUUUUUUUCUACGACAGUGAAGAAACAAUGUAUCAUUCUUUUAUUGUCCGCAGCAAUCACCGGAACUGAAUCGGAUACUUCUGUGCAACAUUGGAGUGUUUCGAACAGCAGGAGGAGGCUCUUCUGGAACUAAACUGGUAACAAAAUAACAGCCUCUAAAAGACUGGGGCAGACACACUCACUCACUGACAAUAAAACCUCACACUACCGACAAGUGGACUGUUGUGGGAACUGGCAGGACGAGGGACAAGGCGAGUGGAGCGUUAUCUGACUUUCGGGCGUGCAUUCUCGAGCGAGUGUUUUCGAUAUCUCAUUUUCCGUCUCGUUUCCUCUUAAAACUUAAAACUCAGGAAACAAUGGACACUUAACUCCUCAAGUGUCUCGUCAGCUAGCCUGGCUAGCGUUUUCUAGGAGUGGGUGCUGCUAAGUUAGCUUAGCAGGCUACGUUUGCUAGACAGCUAGCUAAACGUGUUGUUUUCCAAGAAAGUUUCUGUCGCUGCUUCCCCAACCCGAAAAAGACACAGAACGCUCGUCGGACCAAAGGGGAAGGGCAGACCUCCUCCACGACGUCUCCCCCUUUGCCAUUCCCCUCAAAUAUGAUGGCAGCAGAGCUCAGCGCAGAGGAGACUGGGUCGGUAUCAUCUGGGACAGGGGUUACAGACAGCGGAGGCCCCGAGACGACCCAGUUUCCGUUUUAUACCAAGCAAUCCCGGGUGCGAGUUGAUUUAUGCUCGGGAACAACUCCGAGUCUUCGCCACACGUCAAGCGUCUCCCCUGACAGCCCCCCAGACAUGAUUUACCCGACCAAUGCAGGUAUAACUGGAUCGCCAUUGUCCGCUGGAGGGAGUGGCGGUGGUAGUGGUGGACACGCUUACAUUCAUGGAUCAAGCUCAGGGACCGGGGGCAGCGUGUGCUACUCGCCUUCCUCAGAAGGACCUGAUAGCCGGCUGUCACCCACAUCAGCGGGACUGGACGGGCCCACAGUCUUCCCUCCACUACCCCCUCCUCCGCCACCACCUCCAGGCUACGGUGCAUUCGGGAGUGUGGACGAGGGGGACAUGCAGGAUGGCCCGGAGUAUGAGGAAGAGGAGGUUGUCAUAUCCCUGUCCGCACCUCCCACGAACCAGUGGUACCAUGGCAAGCUGGACCGCACCAUUGCGGAGGAGCGAUUGCGUCAGGCGCGCACGCACGGCAGCUACCUCAUCCGCGAGAGCGACCGCCGGCCCGGCUCGUUCGUACUCUCCUUCCUCUCCAACACCAACGUCGUCAACCACUUCAGGAUCAUUGCGAUGUGCGGUGACUAUUACAUUGGGGGGCGUCGCUUCUCCUCGCUGUCGGACCUUAUUGGCUACUACAGCUACGUGUCCUGCCUGCUCAAAGGGGAGAAGCUGCAGUCACCUGUCGCCCCGCCAGAGCCCGUGGAGGACAGGAGAAGAGUGAGGGCCAUCCUUCCGUACACCAAAGUGCCAGACACAGAUGAGAUCAGCUUCCUAAAGGGAGACAUGUUUAUUGUUCACAAUGAACUGGAGGACGGCUGGAUGUGGGUGACCAACGUCCGCACAGAGGAGCAGGGUCUAAUAGUGGACGACCUAGUAGAGGAGGUGGGACGAGAGGAGGAUCCUCACGAGGGGAAAAUCUGGUACCAUGGGAAGAUCAACAAACAAGAGGCCUACAACCUGCUAAUGACAGUGGGUCAAAUCAGUAGCUUCCUAGUGAGGCCUUCGGACAACACGCCGGGGGACUACUCGCUCUUCUUCCGCACCAAUGAGAACAUCCAGCGCUUCAAGAUCAGCCCCACCCCCAACAAUCAGUACAUGAUGGGCGGACGGUACUACAACAGCAUGGACGAUAUCAUUGACCACUAUAAGAAGGAGCAGAUCGUGGAGGGCUACACGCUGGGAGACCCCGUGUCCGUGCAGCACAAAGAGGUCAUUUCAGAUGUGGUAGAUGGCAGGGAGAUCUACAACACUAUUCGGCGGAAAACGAAGGACGCGUUCUACAAGAACAUUGUCAAGAAGGGAUACCUCCUGUUCAACAAAGGUAAAGGCAAGCGCUGGAAGAACCUGUACUUCAUCCUGGAGGGGAACGACGCUCAGCUGAUCUACUUUGAGAGUGAGAAGCGCGCCACCAAGCCCAAGGGCCUGAUCGACCUCAGCGUCUGCAUCGUCUACUGCGUCCACGACAGUCUGUUUGGCAGGCCAAACUGUUUCCAGAUUGUGGUUCAGCACUUUAGCGAGGAGCAGUACAUCUUCUACUUCGCCGGAGACACUCCAGAACAGGCACAGGACUGGAUGAAAUGCUUACAGACAUUCUGCAGUAAUCUACGGAAACCACCACAGUCCACCUCCAACAAGAGGCUUCGCCAGGUGAGCAGCCUGGUGUUAAACGUGGAGGAGGCCCACAAAUUACCCAUCAAGCACUUCACCAACCCCUACUGCAACAUCUACCUGAACAGCGUGCAGGUGGCCAAGACCCACCCACGGGAGGGACAGAACCCCGUCUUCACCGAGGAGUUUGUCUUCGAUGAUCUGUCGAGUGAAAUCAACAGGUUUGAGAUCAGCCUGAGCAACAAGACCAAGAAAAGCAAAGAGAGUGAUAUCUUGUUCAUGCGGUGCAUGUUGAACCGGCUGCAGCGGGGCCAGACGAUAGACGAGUGGUUCCCCCUGAGCUCCCACAUCCCCCUGAAGGGCAUCGAACCGGGCACGCUGCGGGUACGCGCCCGCUACACCCUGGAGAAGAUCAUGCCUGAGGAGGAGUACAGCGAGUUUAAAGAGCUGAUCCUGCAGAAGGACUUCCAUGUGAUCUACGCGCUGGCGCAUGUGUGUGGGCAGGACCGCACGCAGUUGGCCAGCAUCCUGCUGCGCAUCUUCAGGCACCAGCAGGCCGAAGCCCUGCUCUUACGCACCCUCAACGACCGCGAGAUCAAGAUGGAAGAGGAGGCCACCACGUUGUUCCGUGCCACCACGCUGGCCAGCACACUGAUGGAGCAGUACAUGAAGGCCACGGCCACGCCCUUCGUGCACCACGCGCUCAAGGACACCAUCCUCCGCAUCAUGGAGAGCAAGCAGUCCUGCGAGCUGAACCCCUCCAAGCUGGAGAAGAAUGAGGAUGUGAGCCUGAACCUGGCACACCUCCUCAACAUCCUCUCAGAGCUGGUGGAGAAGAUCUUCAUGGCCGCGGAGAUCUUACCACCGACGCUGAGAUUCAUCUACGGCUGUUUGCAGAAGUCCGUGCAGCAGAAGUGGCCAACGAAUACGACCAUGAGGACGAGAGUAGUGAGUGGCUUUGUAUUCUUAAGACUCAUCUGUCCAGCCAUCCUCAAUCCCAGAAUGUUCAACAUAAUUGCAGACCCUCCCUCCUCCACAGCCGUCAGGACACUCACCCUGGUGGCCAAGUCUGUCCAGAACCUGGCCAACCUGGUGGAGUUUGGGGCCAAGGAGCCAUAUAUGGAGGGAGUCAACCCGUUCAUCAAGAGCAACAAGCAUCGAAUGAUCAUGUUCCUGGAUGAGCUGGGUAAUGUUCCGGAGCUCCCCGAGGUGACGGAAGAGUUCCGUACGGACCUGUCGCGGGACCUUGCUGCCCUGCACGAGAUCUGUGCCACCCACUCCGACGAGCUCCGCACACGCAGCAACGAGCGGGGACCCAAGCAGCACGUGCUGAAGAAGUUGCUGGCCAUCACAGAGCUGCUUCAGCAGAAGCAGGCGCACUAUGCAUCGUCCAACAGCACCAGAAACGAAUGUACCAUACUGACUACCAUCCAGGUUAUGUGAUGUGGACAUCACCGGGAACAGGACACCGACACCACCAACAACUGAAGCACCCAAUCAGAGAGGGAAAACAAAAUGGACGGGGAAAAAAACUAAAGAAAUAAAAUCAAUGAUGCUGGAGCUGAGAUGUUUAUCGCUGACCUCAAAUAUACCAAAAUGGCUCCAAGUGUUACCUUUUAUUCUAUCCUCCUAACUUGUUUUGAAUACGCUGUGUCUGCUUCUGUUUCUGUUGUGAACGUGCUUAAAAAACACUGGAGUGUUGUGAGUGAUUAUCCUAUGUUGGACCUUCAAAUAAGACUUGGACCUACUGACUUUGUUACGAGUUUGCUCCUGGAACAAAUUGUGCAUCCUGAACAAAAAAAAAAGCAGCCUAGUUGAAACGCUUGCCCUCUUAAUGCUUUUUUCCCUGCCCCUUUUGAACGCAAAGGAUGUCUCUGUCGGAUGGACUGUAGACUGGAAAAAGUCAGUUCGCCUGCAGGCCCACCGUAGCAAUCAUGGACCACAGAGACCUGUGAAAAUGAGUCUUGUUCCACGGACAACCUUACCUAGUCCUCACCAACAACAACUACUCCCAACUAGACGGGCAAGGCAAUUGUGAAGUCGCCCAUCAGGGAAAAGACCUGCUGCACCUCUCCACGACACAAGCCUUAAAGAAAAGUCUUACCCAGACCACAACCAACUGCGUUACCAGAUCACCUCAUCCUCCACUAGCCUUGGGGACAACCCCUUAAAGGCCUGAGGAAUUUUGCCCCAAGGCCCAACUGAAUACUUCCAAGCUGCUUCGCUUUUUAGCCUAAUAGUUACUUGUACGCACCUGAGCUUGUAUCUUUGAAAGCAAAAGAAAAAAAAAAAACAAUACGUGUUGGAUAGAUGAACAUAUUUGUAUGGCGUCUCAACUUUGUAUCAUAGACAAAGUGUUUUAGCUCAAUGUGCUUUGUGCAUGUGUUUACAUUUGAUACGAACUUGUAUGCUGUAUUACGCCGAUUUACAACAACCAUGGACCUUGAAGCUACAGCAGUUCUAUGGUGCACUUCAAGGUCCAACGUGGUUUGUUUCUUUCCCUAGAGGUUAACACAGAAGCCCCUUCUUGGCUUGAGCUCUUUGCUGUGAAGGUGGCAGCCAGAAAAGACCCUGUAAGGAAGCCUUUGCUGAUUUCUUAGUAGGAUGUUUGGAAACUGCUUUUUACAAAGAGCCCUCUUCAAAGACUUGUAGCCUUGGCAGGAUGUUGUAGCUUGGCUUUUGACCAGUCUUUUGCACCCUUUCAAUGGACACUAUGUAUACCACGACACACAUUGGCCUAAACUUUCGUACACCUCUGGACUACAAAAAAAGCAAACCGCUGCAUUACAUUAUUCACCUAUAAAGAUCUGUUCAUAUGCAAACUCUGUUUUUCCAAAGUAUUUGAAGGUGUGUACAUGACUGCUCGUCUGAAGUGCUUUUGUCAUCAUCACCAACCCGAGAAACCUCAGCGUCCUUCACCACUGUAUGCAAGUAAAGACAGACUUCACCAAUAGCUACAUUUACAUGGACACUCCUAAUCGUACACCAAAAACGGAAAAUAAACUACUCCAUGCAUACAUACAGUAAAUUCCCUGAUCCCUUAAGUCCAUCGAGCGAUAAGGUGUUCACCUUUAACCUCAUGUCUCGCACUAUUCGAAUGUAUUGUAUCAUUUCACAACCAUCACAGAAAUACCAUCAUCUAAUCAGACCAUCAAAUUGAAUUUAUUCUGAUUACAAAAAAAGCUGUCUAUGUAAAUGUAGCUAGUGAAUCCGUGCCCUGAGCCAUGUCCUUCGACUGGCUGAUGCUGUACUGAUCAUGUCUCCUUGUGAUAUCAGAGAGCUGACGUAUUUUUUUUAUUUUUCUAUUUGAUUAAUAUAACCACUUUUGCAUCUUAGAUACGUGUUUGGGGUGAGAGAGGGGGGACAACUGAUCGACCGGGCUGAAUAAAACUGUUAGUA